AUGGCAAAGCUCUUGAAUAUGCCAAGUUAUCAUUGGAAAUUAGACAAAACUGUAUGCCAUCCGACCAAUCCAUCGCUUGAAAAUGGCUAUAAUACCUUAGGUUGUAUCUAUUCAGCACUGCUCGACUAUGAUGAAUCUGUAAGACACUUUGAAGCUGCUCUGGGUAUAUUUCAAAAACAUCAUUUUGAUAAAUCUCUAGUAUUAACUACGAUCAAUGCAAAUCUUGGUUGCUGCUGCUAUCGUUUGGAAAAAUUAGAUCGAGCGACACAUUAUCUUCAACAUAGCCUCACUAUCCUAAGAUCUAUAUAUACUGAAAAUGGUGAUAGUCAUUUUCAGUUUGCAUUUCCAUAUGACACACUUGCUCGUGUACAGUGUGCCCAAGGGUUCAUUGAAGAAGCCGAAUAUUAUUGUCAGAAAGCAUUUGAUUUAAGAACAAUUGAAUUAUCUCUUGACGAUGUCGAUAUCAGUUUAUCGUUCGAAACUUUUGGAAUUAUACACAAUGCUCAAAUGAAGUACGAGACAGCUGUAGACUAUUUUCAAAAGUCUGAAACGAUUCUGCAUUGUGUUAAGAAUGACCAUCCAAUAUUGGUUCGAAUCUAUAGAACAAUAGGAUCUGUGUUUUACAAUCAAGGACAAUAUAGGAAAGCUUUCGAGUAUUAUAUGAAAGCAAUCAAGCUAGCCAUCAAAGUACAUCCGACAAAUCAAAGAUUAAUAGACCAAUUAAACUAUGGACUCGAUAGAGUGAUGGAUCAUUUCUUAUCACAUUAGUUAAUCGUACGAUACUCGGUACUCCACUGACAGUGAUUAAUGAAUAUUUCAAUAGAAUCGUCUAGAACUGUUUGUGUGCACACACACAGAUUGUAACAAGACUUGUCAAUGCGAACCCUUCGUGGGGCAAAAGUGUGGAAUUCAGAAUCUCUGACUGUCAAGAUAUUUUGUCAGAAGUUUUAAAAUAAAUUUUUAACAAACUAUCAAAUAAAUGAAUAAGUCAGAAUUAUAAGAAUUUAUAAAAUAGUUGCUAGGCGUGCUCUGAAAUUUUACUUUAUUGGAACUUCAUAUUUAUAAUUACUUUUCUAUCAAUUUAUUUGAUUCCUUUAACAUUCUAAUGUUGUAAAAAACUUAUUUAAUAAUAAUAUUUAUACGAUGAAUGUUAAAAAUAAAGAAGUAUUAAAAAGCUGGUAGCGUAAUCCCUGUAGGAUUAAAAUCUGAAAUACGAUGCGCCCCUUCUUAUUAUCCCUCCAAAACCACUCUUUCCUUCUGUGUGCUAGUGCACGUUACUUCAUUAUUACUUAUUUAGCAAUAUAUCUUCAACAAAGGACUCCUCCGAAGGGUAUGGGUGAGGGUCUUCUCUUCAUCCACACCCACACUCUAGUCAACUGAGUAGGUGUUAGGGGUUUUGAAUUUUGAAUCAAUAAGAAAAAUCAAUUUGAAAAAUGAAGUCGACAGUUUUGUAAAGUGAUGAUUUCUUUAUCGAAUGAACUGAGAAGCCGAUUUUAAUUGCCUCAAAAGAAAGAAAACAAAAGUGGGCCAUAUGAUGUCUUCGGAGAAUAUCCUCGGAAACUCAAUUAUGCCCUAGGGUAAGAGGUAUAGAGAUAGAUAAGUAUAGACGAUAUAGGAGAUAUAGGAGGUAUAGGAGAUAUAAGAGAUAUAGGAGGUAUAGGAGAUAUUGAUUAAGUGAUACAGCUAAUCAUUCAAUAGUGUUUGAAUUUACACAUUUAUUCAUAAAAUAUAUUGGUGCCACUUGCAGACCCUUGCUCGAAAAAAUCAAUAAAAAAAAAUAACUGUUUACUAUAUCUCCUAUACGACCCUUGCUCGAAAAAUUCAAUCACAAAAAAUAAAUAACGUUUUACUAUAUCUCCUAUACCUCCUAUAUCUACUAUACCUAUCUAUCUCUAUACCUCUUACCCUAGGGCAUAAUCGAGUUUCCAGGGAUAUUCUCCGAAGACAUGUAAUCAAGUGGGCCGUUUAUUAUGCACCAUCCGUUACUAGACUAAAGAUUCCGUAAGGGUGUGGGUGUGCGUGUGGGUGUGUGGGCGUGGAUAUGGAUGAGGAGUUUACUGGUACCCACCCACACCCUACGAUAUUCAAGAUGACAUGGGGUGUGGGGGUGUGGGUGGGUGUGGGGUGUGGGUGUGUGGGUGGGUGUGGGUGUGGUGUGGGUGUGUGGGUGGAUGUGGGUGUGGGUAUGGGUGUGGGUGUGGGUGUGGGUGUGGGUGGGGGUGUGGGUGUGGGUGUGGGU